UUUCUUACUUUAAAAGUGUUGCAAAAUACAAUAAUUUGCUUUUGCAUAAUGAAUCGCAUUUUAAAACCAGAUUUAUUUAAUUUUACACAUUGUCUGCGUUAUUAUUCAAUUAAACAAGCAGCCGAAACACCCAUCAAAUAUACCAGUACAAUAAAUUUACCAAAAACUAAAUUCCCAACACGAUUAUCAGCAGCAAAAAGAGUUGACAUCGAAAAGUCUCUAAUUGCAGGACCAUUUUCAAAUUCAUAUAAAUACCAAAAAGACAAUAACCAUAAACCGGAAUUUGUUUUGCACGAUGGACCACCGUAUGCUAAUGGAGAUCUACACAUGGGACAUUCUGUCAAUAAGAUUCUUAAAGACAUAACCCUACGACAGAAUGUCGCUCAGGGUAGACAAGUUAGUUAUAAGCCCGGAUGGGAUUGUCAUGGCCUUCCCAUCGAACUGAAGGCGAUGGCAUCUUCAAAGUCAAAAUCAGACCCUUUGACAAUUCGACAGAAAUCUCGAAACUUUGCUAAGCAAACUGUGGAAAAACAGAAGGAAGAAUUCCGUUCUUGGGGUAUUCUCUCCGACUGGGUUGAUCCUUCCAAUGUCUAUCUAACUUUUAGUCCAGCAUUUAUAUCAAAUCAACUUAAAAUGUUCUUGGAUUUUUUCAACAAGAAAAUUGUCUACCGAGCUCUCAAGCCCGUCUAUUGGUCUCCAUCGUCAAAAACAGCUCUAGCAGAAGCUGAACUCGAAUACGAUCCAAACUUUGUCAGUCCCUCUGUUGUAUUUCGGCUUAAGCUAACAGAUAUGCCAUUGAAUGUUGAUAAGUCGAAGAACAUCUACGCCUUGGUAUGGACAACAACACCAUGGACACUUCCUAGCAAUCAAGCUGUUUGCUACAACUCAGAACUGCAAUAUUCUUUGGUUAAUCUCAAUGGAGAUUUGGAGAAUCUCUACUUGCUAGCAAGUAAUUUAAUUGAAGAGUUUCAAAAACUUACAGGGUUGGAAGUAACUCAAGUCGCGAGUGUAUCAGGGGAGUCACUCAAAAGUUUUUCAUAUGCUCAUCCUAUUGACAAUACACAGAAACUGCCUUUUUUGCCUGGCUCUCAUGUCCAAGACACUAAAGGAACAGGAUUAGUUCACACGGCCCCAGCUCAUGGUCCAGAAGAUUUUCUCGUUAGUCUGGAUCACAAGUUACCGGUGAAAUGCUUUGUAAACGAAAAUGGCGUCUACACCGAAGAAGCACCAUCAUUUUUGAUUGGGAAAGAAGCUCUAGGCGAAGGAGAUAAACUUGUUUUGGAGCAUAUCUCUCAGGACGUUAUAUUUUCUGGCACAAUUAGUCACUCUUAUCCGAUUGACUGGCGAACAAAACAACCUGUAAUCAUUCGUGCUAGUGAACAAUGGUUCAUUAAUACCGAACAAAUCAGGGACAAAGCUGUGGAAGAGAUCGAAAAAAUUAAUGUCUUCCCUCGAGUCAACUCUGAAGCUAAUAAAAAGGCUCUCAUAACUCAAGUGAAAAAACGUCCAUAUUGGUGUAUAUCGAGACAACGAGCCUGGGGUGUUCCAAUACCGGUAUUUUAUAAUAAGGAAUCUGGCAAGGAGAUUGUAAAUGAGAAAAUCAUUGCACACAUUUCGGGACUCCUUGAAAAGGAGGGUAAUAUUGAUUUUUGGUGGACAAAAUCAGUUGAGGAAAUCCUGCCAGCCGAACUACUGACCGAAAUGAAUCUUAAAGCUGAAAACCUUGUAAAAGGAUCAGACAUUUUUGAUAUUUGGUUUGACUCUGGCAGCUCAUGGUCGAGUGUUUUGGAUGGCGACAAAGUUGCGGAAUUAUAUUUAGAGGGUUAUGAUCAAUUCACUGGUUGGUUUCAGUCGUCGUUGUUGACCAGUAUAGCAGCAAGAGGCUGCUCUCCAUAUAAAUCUCUUUUUGUUCAUGGGUUUACAGUUGAUGAGAAGGGUCAUAAAAUGUCGAAGUCGCUUGGCAACAUCAUUUCACCCAAGGAUAUCACAAAGAAAUAUGGAACCGAUACACUAAGGUGGUGGGUAGCGUCCCAUGGUACCCAGCAUAUGUCGAUCACAGUCAGUGACAAAUUGCUCCAACAUUGUGCUGAAAGUCUUAGCAAAAUCCGAUCGACCUUGCGAUACUUGAAUGGAGCCAUUGGUGACAAUUCAAGAAGUACCAACAAAAUCGAUUGUGAAAACAAAUGUCUUACCCAUUUGGAUCGAUAUCUUUUGAGUUGCGUGCACAAUUUUGAAAAAGAAGUUCAAAAAAGUUAUGACUUAUAUGAGUACAAUAGGGUCACAGCGAAUAUUCUCAAUUUCGUCACAAAUCAAAUUUCAUCGGUUUAUGUGCAUUUAGUCAAAGAUCGUCUCUAUUGUGGCAAAGCCGAUCAAAUAGAAGGAGUUAAAAAGGUUCUAAGUAAUUCCUACGAAGUACUGUGUAAAUCUCUUUGGCCCAUUGUACCUUUUUUGGUGGAAGAAAGUUGGAGUUAUUACGAUGGUCAACCAUUUCACGAAGCUAAAGUUCACUCAAAUCCUUCGUGGAAUGAUCCUAAAGUUGAAGAAAUAAUGGAUACUGCCUUUGAAGUGAAACGGUUGUUGAAUAAGUCUUCUCAGGAUGCCAAUACUUGGUUGCUCAAAGUUAAAAUCUCUUGUGGUUCUGAUAAGUUUGCACUUCUAAAGAAUUUACAGCCCACAAUUGAUUCUACAACAUCUGAACUCUGUGAACUUUUGCAAGUUUCAAGUGUUCAUUUAGAAGAAGAUUCUUCUUUGACGGAUUACAGUCUUUCAAUAAGUGAAGAUGCAUCAGUUUUAUGCUCACGUUGUCGACGAUUUUUGGUCAAUUCUGAAGAUUCAAUUUGCGAACGAUGCGAACGGGUUUUGCAAAGCAAACAUUAAAAUCAAAGUUAGUGUUAAAAGUAUAGUUUAUUUAUUUCGAUUGUAUUUUGUAGAGUGUAUUAAUUUUGUUUGUAAAUAAAAUAAAAUAAAAUAAAUGAUUAUGGCGAAGGACGCUUAAAACU